UUAUGAUUAUGUGUUCAAGACGCAAAAAAGUGUUCAUUAGUAAAUAUAUUUGUUUACUUAUUAGUAUUUUGGACGUCAGAGGAAUUGGGAAGCCGCGCAUCCAGAAACGGUUUGACGGAUGGCGAAAAAGUGAAGUGCUGUUUUGAUUUGGCAAAAACAGUACCAGGAAUGAAGUAUGUGAGUUAAAAGUGGUUAUAUUUCCAUGAAAAUUUGGUUACAUGCGACACAUUUUACUAAAAUUGAAUAAGUAAAAUUUUACUGGAAAAGAAUGUCCUAAAAGUAUUCAAACAUAUUUUUAAGAAAUUACAAGUUCGAAAUGUUACGGCACGUGUUGUGUGACUAGCCCGGAUUUUGUGAUAUAUUUUUUUAAAUAUACAGUGAUUUUGCAAGAAGUUUUCGUGUCUCCGCCACGCGUGGUAAAAUAAGCACCCGUUAGAAAGUUAUAUUUGCUACUUGCAGCCUUAAGUUUUUUUUAGAACAGAAACACUGUGUUGUUGUCACAUUUGCAAAUGGCUGAGGGGUUCUCGGGUUUUGUCGAAAAUUACUAUUCUUUAUGUUAAUUUGAAAACAUGGUCAACCUUAACGCUUCACCGCCGUAUUUGAGUUUUAAAAGUAAGUACUAGUUUCACAUUUUUGUUUGAAGCAUAAGAUAUACGUCAUUUUUUGCAGAAAAAACUAAUUAUUUAACAUUUGCAAAGUCAAAGGUAAAUUUUAGGUAAUACUGAACAUGUUCCAAAUAGUCACGGCCGUGGCCUCAAAAAUCUGUCACUGCCACGGAGUCCAUGUUCAUGACAUAUAGAUACGUAGUCGUAAUAUUCUUAAUUCGUUUAAUUAAUUUAGAGGCAUGCACUCUUUCGAAAUGGAUUUUUAUUAGCUAUAGAUCAUUUGCCAGUAUUGCCCGACUGCCAAAGCAGAAAAAUGUUUUUCGCGUGUAUGUAUGUAAGAAAAUGUAUUUAAUUCUUUGCCAGGCUCUACAUCUUUUCUUGUUUGAUGAAUUUCAACGUAUGAGCUGCCAUUAGGAUUUUCGUAGUAAUGGGAGUGACUUAGGCUAUGUUCAAAAUAUUAUAUUAUUCAAAAUAGUGGAGUUGACCGCCAAACUGCUGAAAUGUCACAAUUGAGUGACAUUUUGUCACAACCAUGUUUAUAAACUCAUUUUGUUUUCCUUUCCUGAGAGUAUUUGACUUUAUUUAUUUAUUAUGUACUUUUGACAUACGUAACAAUAUGUAAAAAAUAAAAACUUUUAUGAAAAAAAAACUGGACACAAUUUAAGAAUCACCCACUCACGUUCUGAUUUUAUUUAUCAGAUUAAUGUAGACUCAAAUAUACAAAGGCAUAAGUUAUUAAUAUUUUUUCUUAAAAGGCUAAAGUUGCGCAAAUAGGAAUUUAUAUAUUAAAAUCUGAAAAAGAUAAGCAAUUCUACGUUGUUCUAUUUCUAGAAACGAAAUUUAAAAAAGCAACUCAACUCAAGUUGAGCUUUUUAGGUAAAGGAGCACACGACGCGAGACGCCUCAGCUCAGAGGAGAUAAAGCCAUAACGAUCAUACUUACCAAGUAAAUAAAAAUACAUGGCAACAUGUAACACAAACGAGCUAAUAUAUGAAAAUGAAUAUGUGCGAAAACGCUUUGAACUCUCGCCGUUUGAUCUCCACGUAUAUCUAAAUAAGAAAAGAGGCGCUUGCUGGCAUCUCACUUCAAAACUCCACCGAAGGCAAAAUUCACAAGCAUUCAAUUCAGUUACAUAAAUUAGCAACCCCUUGAUUUAGUAAGGUACACGAUUCUAACAUAAAUCAGCCCUACGACGUCAUUAACACCUCAAAAUGGCGCCGAUAACUUAUAACUGAAAGACUAGCACUUAAGACUCAAGGGGUGAGAUAGCGUCUAUUGAAGCGCAAUGACAGAGAAUGGUUUCUUUCUGAUGUGAUUUUUUUGUUGCCGAAUUGCAAUGGGGGUGUUAAGGGGCAGGGGUGGGGGCCGGCCGGGCUCAGGCGUGCGCACCGGCAGUAUCUGACCGCCCGUCGUCUCGAGCGCCCGUCCGCGCCGCUCGUUGUCGCUACCGGCCCCACGUUGGGCGCCAUACGUCGCUGUUGCGAUCUCUCUGUAUUCUAACCUCAACCAAUAUUUACUGUUUAACGUGUGUACCAGUGGUCAAGUAAAGUGUCAAGUGACGUAUAAAAAAGGAGGUUGUUCAAGUGUUUAGUGUUUGCUAUAACUGAGACGUCAAAACAUCGCAUCUAAUUGACAUACAUUUACAUAAGUGGCUUGAAGAGAUUUAUUAAGUGUUCAGAUAAGUCAAUACAAGUGAAGUGGCACAAGUGUACCCUGCUGUCGUCGACGGACUUCACUGGACCGUACCUCAUUCAAGAAUGUAACCAAACAGCCCUAAGAAGAUGCAAGCUCUCGCUCUAGGCAGUUGGAAACAGUGUAAGAUGAAAGAGCGAGCAUGAGAGAGCCAGGAUCCAGAGUGUUGAGCAAGAUGCUGCUCUCGCUACUGCUGCACUGCUUCUGCGUGGCUACCACAGCUUCUGUAUCUAGUGGAGGUCUCGGUGGAUUAUCAGGCGUGACGAGCGAAGCGCGCCCCGAACGACCAUACUUCGACGACGUGUCGCCGCGGAACGUGACAGCGGUGGUUGGUCAGUCGGCCGUGCUGCGGUGCCGCGCUAAGCACAUCGGGAAUCGUACUGUAUCGUGGAUGCGUAAACGCGACCUCCACAUCCUGACGUCCCACAUCUUCACGUACACGGGCGACGCGCGGUUCAGCGUGCUCCACCCCGAGCCGUCAGAUGACUGGGACCUCAAGGUGGACUACGUGCAGCCGCGGGACGCCGGCGUCUACGAGUGCCAGAUCAACACGGAGCCGAAGAUCAAUAUGGCGGUGUUUUUGACAGUUGAAGCGGCCGCAGCCUCCAUCUGGGGUUCUCAGGACGUGUAUGUGAAGAAAGGAAGCACAAUAUCUCUGACUUGUUCUGUGAACGUGCACUCUUCGCCACCGUCGAGCGCGUCUGUGCUCUGGUAUCACGGCAACUCCGUGGUCGACUUCGACUCUCCCCGCGGCGGCAUCAGCCUCGAGACGGAGAAAACGGAAGGCGGCACCACCAGCAAACUGCUGGUGACCAAAGCGGCCCUGACCGACUCUGGAAAUUACACGUGCGUGCCUAACAAUGCGCACCCGGCCUCCGUGUCCGUGCACGUGCUCAAUGGCGAGCACCCUGCUGCCAUGCAAACGAGCAACAGAGCGUCGUCCUACCUCACUGCGCAGUUGAGCUGCGCGGCAGUCACCUAUCUGCUCUCUUCUAUGGCUUGCAGAUGAUCAGCUUAACCGAUACGUUAGAAACGGACGGAGCUUAUUCUUCGGCUUCGAUUGCGGGAUUCGUUAAUUUUAAAAUUUAAUUGGCUUUUGGAAAUUCAACUUUAAUAAUUGUAUUUUAUUUUAUUCCAGUUGCAAUUUCACCUACCAAUGUUUAUAAUAUGAAUGUUUUGAAGUAUUAAAUGUUGUUAAACUUUGGCGUUUUAAACCCAUGUUUAAACAUUUAAACCGGGUCUAUUGCGAAAUAUGUUCUGGAAAUGUUUUUAAAAUUUAAUAUAAUUAUAUACUACCUUAACUUCGUUAAUGAAAGCGACGUCAAAUGUAUCGUUUCCGAGAGGUAAAAGCUCCACUUAUGUGAAAACUUUAAUGUUGUUAAUAUAGGCUUAAUUAACAUUAGACAUUACUCAAACCGUUAGGAGAUUGUUAUAAAAUACGUAAUUGUAAGAACUACUUUAAGUAAGCAAGAAAACAGUAUUUGAUAAUUGACUAUGAACAUACGUUCAAUGAUGUAAGUUUGAUGUUAUUCCACUAAUAAUAUUUUGAAGGAAUUGCCUGAAAAUAAAUCGUACAUACAAUUAUGAAUUAUAUUUAAGACAGUGACAAUUGAGUU